CUUUCUGACUUUCUAGAAUAUCUUAAGGCAAGUCAGUGCGCUGACUGCGGCGGUCGUUUCCUCAAACACGAAUCAGACGCGACUCAUAUCUUUCAAGAAUGGUACGAAUACAAGGCUGCGUUGUCUUCGCUGCUCAGAUGCGAGACAUGCGGAGUGUUUUCCUGCAUCACGUGUUCAGCUACGCCUUUCUCUAAGCGAUCGUUGGUCAUCUUCGAUAACAGGUCCGUGUCGUGGUGUUGCACCGAUGGCCGUCUCCUUGUGAUCUGGAUCUUGCUUUGUGGCUUCGACGUUCCCUACUGCGAGAUGAAGGUGAAGAAUGCGGAAAUCAAAGCAGAGCUCCAAUCUCAGCCAACAGAGCAAGACGAAGGGAGUGAGAGAUCCAAGGGAAAAGGAAAAGCUGAGAGUAGCCGGCCGGGUCGAAGUGGCGUUGGUUACGGUGGCAGCAGUAAGAACAAGACUCAAUCGGACCCCACGUCGGAAAAGAAGGCACAAAUGCUUGAAGUCCAACAAGCCAUUGACAGGCUAGCAACGACAGUCCUCAGCCUUCUUGAGAACCUGCUACCGUCCUUGGACCGCGGUCAUGCUUUCGAUAUGGGUCCACCAGCGAUGAUCACAGACAUGCUCUUGAAGAGUAGAGUCCUGGAUUAUUUCGUAGACUUGUUGCUCCACGACUCUCUUGACGAAGUUUCUUCACGGAGUGCAACGUAUAGUGCUGUUCUAGACUUUGUGAAAGUCCUCAGCAGGCACGAAAUCACAGCCAACUCGACAGUGUUCUCUAGAAGACAACAGCGACCUGAGCUUUGCAACUUGCUCACACGAACAUACCGCCGCACUGAAGUUCCAACGCAGGAAGUGGUCCCAUCGAUUGCCGACUGUCUGCGCGAACGAAUGAUACUCGGUGAUCUGCAGCUGAAGAAUGCCGAACAAUACAAGGCGUUUUACGAUACGGAAAGCGACCAAGAGAUCCUCUCGCACUGUCGCAAGAUCUCUGAGACUUGGAAGUCCCUUGGCCUCCACGUGCGCGAAUCAACGGCAGAAGCGGAAGGCUCGAACACUGCUGAGCCAUUCGUGAACAUCAGUGAUGUCGAUGACGAUCAGAUCUGUGCCUCACAUGCGUUUGCGGGAGAAGCACGGGAACAGAACCGCUCAGCCCCUGGCCGGUUCAAACGCUUGGUCUCCGAGAUCAACAUACUGAAGAGCAGUCUCCCUCGGACAAUCUUUGUUCGGCAUGGGGAAUCGCGCUUGGAUGUCAUGAAGUGCGUAAUCAUUGGCGCAGAAGAUACUCCGUACGAGAACGGAAUCUUCGAAUUCGACAUGUACUGCCCGGCGGAGUACCCAAAGAAUCCUCCGCAAGUGUCUUUCAAGGGAACUGAUGGGGGCAAGCACGGAAUCAAUCCCAACCUCUACCCUGACGGCAAGGUAUGCCUUUCUUUGCUAGGCACCUGGCCUGGACAGCCGUGGGACCCGGUACAAUCAACUCUUCUCCAAGUUCUAGUCUCUAUCCAGGCAAUGGUGUUGUGCGAGCAGCCAUGGUACAACGAACCGGGCAGGGAGCACGCGUUUGGAUACGAAGAGGCCGAAGUUGCGUCGGAAGCGUACAACCGCAGGAUACGCGAGCUGACUGUUGAAAUUGCGAUGAUCAACUGGCUUGAGAAGAUUCCUGCGAUCUGGGAAGAUGUUGUCAAGAGACACUUUCGUUCAAACGCGGACAAGAUUCUGCGCACUGUUACCGAGUGGAGC